UUCUGAGAAAAGAAAAACGAGAUAAAAGAAUUCUCUCAUCUCUCUCUCUCAUUCUUCCCCCUACGUCUAGGAGAAGGAACGAAGUGAUUCCUUCCACUUCAGAAACCGAAAUUGUGAUAAUGGAAAACGAAAUCGAGAUGAUCACUGCACCACCCGGGCCAUUACCCAAUCUUCCGGAAGAAAUAAUCAAAGAAAUACUUCUGAGGCUGCCCGCAAGAUCACUUUGGAAAUUUAGGUGUGUGUCGAAAUGUUGGCUUUUCUUGAUUUCAAGUUAUGAUUUUGCCAAGGCCCAUCUAAAAGUUUCAACCAAGAAAAACAUUUAUGAGCAUGGUAGACUUACAGUUGGCACCAGUCAAUCUUUCAUGAAUUUAUAUACUUGUUCUUUACGACCCAUGGUUGGGAAUACUGUUUAUACCGGUUCAAUAUACCCUGAUGUUGAUAUACUCCCUGAUGUUGUUCGGUUUGAUCGCCCAUUACGCGACAUUGAUAGCGUGAUAUGGCUGGAAGGGUCUUGUAAUGGGUUGGUUUGUGUACUUGAGUCAGCAAGAACUUUGAUUUUGUGGAACCCCACAACCAAUCAAUACAGGGUGUUGCCUUGCUCCGGUACGCCUUUGAGAUUCGAGUAUCCACGAACAUUUGGGUUUGGUUAUGAUGAGUUUCAUGAUGACUAUAAGGUGGUGGAGGUUUUUCAUUUGGAGCCUGGCAUGUGUGUGAUGGAGCCUCGAGCCAAUGUCUAUAGUUUGAGGAGUAAUUGUUGGAAGGCGUUGUUGAAUUGGCCGAAUGAGAGAGUGGCUAUUGGGUCGGGGGUGUUUCUGAAUGAGGCCCUUCAUUGGUUGGUAAUUCGUGCUAGGAGUUCGUCUGAUUGGGCGAUUGUUUCCCAUGAUCUUGCUUUGGAGACGUUUGUGGAGUUGCCACUUCCAUUUAUUGAUGAUGAUGCUCUCACAUUUGAGAUGAAUGUAUUAGGCGGUUGCCUUUCUGUGUGUUGUCAAUAUAAAAUGUGGUUGGAUGUGUGGCUCUUGAAGGAAUAUGGUGUGGUGGAAUCAUGGAAUAAAGUUAUGAGAAUGCCAUUCUUUGUGGGUAUAGGGGGGCAUUCUUUUAUGUUCAAACCAUUGGUUCUGAUGGAGGAUGGUCGAUUGCUGAUUAAAUAUGGAUCCGAGUUGGCAUUAUAUGAUCCGAAUAACCCAUAUAUUCAGCAGAAGUUUUGUGACUAUGAAGUUGAGGCUGCAAUAUAUUUCGAGAGUCUGGUUUCACCAAAUUUGGAUGAUGAAGUAAUCAUUGGAAGAACAAUGCCCCAGAAUGUUGUUACAAAGAUCCUCCUGAGAUUACCGGUGAAGUCUCUCUUGCGCUUCAAAUCUGUUUCAAAAGAAUGGCUUUCUUUAAUUUCAAGCUCUUAUUUUGUUAAGGCCCAUCUCAAGGUAUCAACCAAGAACAAUGUACACAUCCAUGACAAACUCAUCUUUGGCUCAAAUACCUUCCCAUUGGAUCUAUAUACUUGUUCGCUCCACACUGCGAUUGAGGGUUCUAAUUUAACUAAUCCUAUUUACCCUGCAACUGAAGAAAGUAUACCAUUUGAUCAAGUAAAGUUUGAUUGUCCUUUUGUUGAGUCAGGUGAUUUGAUAUGGCUUGUGGGUUCCUGUAAUGGGCUGGUUUGUGUGUCUGUAGCUGCUCACGCCGUCAUUUUGUGGAAUCCAACUACAAGAAAAUCAAAACUCAUACCAGACUCUGGCACAGAUCCGGAUUGUGAUUCGAUCACAUAUGGUUUUGGUUAUGAAGAACUGCACGAUGACUAUAAAGUGGUGGAGGCUUCUAGUGAUAAGUGUGAGACGACAGGUAUGUAUGAGACUCAAGUAAAGGUUUACAGUGUGAGGACUAACUCUUGGAAGAUUAUGUAUAAUUGGCCAGGCGGGAAUACAUUUGGCGGGACAGGCAAGUUUCUAAAUGGAGCCAUACAUUGGUCAGUGCGAAUGCGGAGCUUAGGAAGACCAGUUCGCUCGGUUAUUGUUUCUCAUGAUCUUGCAACAGAUAUCUUUGUUCAGUUACCUAUGCCUAAUUUUGAUGAUGAUGAUGUCAGAGUAGAUGUAAAGAUUUUAAAUGGUUGCUUAGUUGUGUGCUGUGAACAUAAUGUUUACAUGGAUAUAUGGGUGAUGAAGGAAUAUGGUAUGAGAGAAUCAUGGACUAAACUAGUCCGCAUCCCAUUUUUUCUGGAUUUCAGGGAUCACGAAUUUAUCAGACCUUGUCCGUUGUUUUUAUCGAUGAAUGGAAAGAUUUUAAUGGAUUAUGGAUCAACGAUAAGUAUAUAUGACACGAAUAACUCGGAGUGCCCUCAAUUUAGUACUAUCUUUGCAGUAGAGUCCACUACCUAUUCCGAGAGUCUAGUUUCGCCAUAUUUUGAUGAUGAAACAACCUUUGGAAGGACAUUGCCUCAAGGAAUUAUUACAGAGGUCCUCCUGAGAUUACCUGUGAAUUCUCUCGUGCGUUUUAAAGCUGUUUCAAAAGAAUGGCAUUCACUAAUUUCAAGCUCAUAUUUUGUGAUGGCCCAUCUCAAAUUUUCCACAAAGAACAAUAUAUACAUCCACGACAAGCUCAUCUUUGGCUCCAAAACCUUUGACAUGGAUCUCUACACUUGUUCUAUGUACUCUGUGAUCAAGGGUUCAUCGUUGGCUGAUCCUAUUUACCCUGUAGCUCAUGAAAAUUCACCAUUUGAUCUUGUGUGGUGUGAUGAUCUUUAUGAAGGUGACUCCAUAUGGUUUGUGGGUUCCUGUAACGGGCUGGUUUGUGUGUCUGUAUCUGCUAACACCAUCAUUUUGUGGAAUCCAACUAUUAGAAAAUCAAAAGUGAUUCCGGACUCUGGCACUGAUUUAGAUUUUGAUAACUUCAGCAUCACAUAUGCUUUGGGUUAUGAUGAAAUUCACAAUGAUUAUAAGGUGGUGGAGUUUUUUGGUGCCAUGCGCAAUACAGGUGUGUAUGAGACUGAAGUAAAGGUUUACAGCAUGAGGACUAAUUCUUGGAAGGUAUUAUCGAAUUGGCCAGGAAGGGAUACAUUUGGUGGGCCGGGCAAGUUUCUAAACGGUGCAAUCCAUUGGUCCGUGUGUGACUUCAAUAGAGCAGCUGACUGGGUUAUUGUUUCUCAUGAUCUUGCUACUGAUAUCUUCACUGAGUUACCUUUACCUAUGUUUCAUGAUAAUGAUGUCCGAGUGGAGGUUCACAUUUUUAAAGGUUGCCUUGCUGUGCAUUGUGAACAUAAUAUUCUCAUGGAUAUAUGGGUAAUGAAGGAAUACGGUAAGAGAGAGUCAUGGACCAAAGUCGUUUCCAUCCCAUUUUUUCUGGAUUUUAGGGAUCACUUAUUUAUCAGACCUUGUCCGCUGUUUUUUUCAACGGAUGGCAAGAUAUUAAUUGAUUAUGGAUCAACUAUACGAGUAUAUGAUCCGAGCAACCCGCACUUCCAUCAAUUUAGCACUACCUUUGAAGUUGAGGCUAUAACGUACAUUGAAAGCUUAGUGUCACCUGAUCUUGAUGCAGGGGAUUUUCCUUGAAGUUCAUUUUGUUGUGCAGUCUGCUCUUUUAUGGUAGUUUAUCAUUUUGAGGCAUCCUCUGAAGCUGCUGUCAGAUGUUGAAAGCUUAGUCCCUGCUAAAUUUUAACACGAGCUCCGGAGCUAAAAUCAACUGUCAAAUGGAUAUCUUAGAGCAUCCACAGCAGCAACCCAAGACUCCGGGCUCACAGGUGGGACCCUCCAUCCGAGCCACCAAGCUCUGCAGCAGUCGAGCCCCCAUCUUGGCACAAGCCUGCUCCAGAUUUUUCUCGUUUUCAUUUAUUUAUUUGUUUUCUUUUUUCCUAUUUAUCGGUGCCUCUCACGCGCUUUCUCUCUCUUUGCCCGCACCCAGCUCGAACAUAAGCGCCCCCUAGCCUGGCAGCGGUGUGGGGCUCAGGCGCGUGCUUGCUCCGCGAGCCCCAUUGCGGAUGCUCUUACUUGUUUUUAUAUUCAUUUUUGGGGAAUUAAUCAUUAUUAUAACUAUAAGCUUGAUUGAUAAUUACAUUCUUUCUGUCGCUA